AUGUCUUCUUCUAAGUUGGCAAGAGUUAGCAAGCAGCAUGAAAAAACAUGGUGCGAUUUACACCGGCGUUUGAUUUCGGUACCGUUUUCAUUUGAAGAUGUUUUUACAGAGCCAGUAUACGAGUUCAUCAAAAACAAAUCAAUCGCUUUAAGUACAUCAAUAGGAUAUAUGGUGCCGUGUUUAUUGACGACGACUGCGUUUGUGACCGGCUUGAAUGGUACCACAGUUUCCAGCAGUACAGAUCAUAGAACGACUCUUAAUCUUUACUCAGUCGUAGUAGGACCGCCAACUACAGGCAAAUCGCAAGCGAUGAAAGAAUGUGCGAUGGAUCCUUUGAUUGCUGUUCGUGACAACAACGACUUAGGGGACUUUGUACUCGAAAGAUGUACAACGUCGGCUUUGGUUAAGUGCGUCUCCGACCAGAAGAGAGGAGUUGUUGUUUCGCCUGAAGUGUAUGAUGUUCUGAACAGAAUGUUGAAAAACGAAGAAGAAAAUGGGUCUGGCGAGGUUCAAAUGCUUUGUGAACUAUUCUCGGGUGAGCGGACGUCCUACAAAUAUGCUACGGAGAAAACGCGUAACAUAGGAGAGAACGUGCCAUUUGCAAUCAUAGGCUGUACGCAAGUUCCGUUUGCUGCGCGUUUAAUCUGCCGAAUGGACCAAGGUCACGGCUUGCUUGAUCGUUUCUUGUUUUGGUUUCCAAUGUGUCUGAGGCCAUCACCACAUGAGACCGAAGCAGCAAAAGGGGUGCUAAACCGUAUACCAGUUAAGUCAUUCACUGACGUUUUUCUUGAGAUGUAUUCCUUGCAUUUGGGCAAAAAGGAGUACAGCUUCACUCAAGCAGCCCGGAAGGUCAUUCAGUCUAUCGAGACUGAGUUUAUUACGGAGUUAAACGAGGCAAUAACCGAAGGUAUCCCCUCACCAAAGUCCAAAAGAACCGAUUUGGUGAAAAGAUUGGCGGUCUCGCUCCAUGUGUUUACACACAUUAUUAGCGACCUUGUUGAAGGAAGAAAGCCACGAUCCCCUUCUAAAGAGGUGACUUUGGACACUGUAAAGAAGUCUCUUUUAGUUCUGGAUUAUUGUGAGUCACAGAAACAAAUGGUUAUUGAGGUAAUUAAAAUGAACUAUAUACUUAGUGCUAUGAACAAAUAUACAUAUACUAUUAUUAUAGUGUGUAUUUUGAUAUCUGUUUUGUUAUAUUAAGCACAAAGGUGCCAGUUAUGCAGUACUAUUUGUGGUAUCGAGAGAUUUUGGAUCAUGAUCAUAUUUGUUUCAUGAUUUGUAAUUCUAGUUUAUUGGAACAUUGACGAGCGAGUCUGUGGUUCCUGAGAAGAUGCAGCCUACGUUGGAAGAAAUCAUGAUUGGUGUACUUAUGUUUCCGGGUCCCGUAGUGACAAAACGGUCCUUUAAACAAUCGGCUGGGAGAAAAAUACGUGGGAUAGUUGACAGCGAGUUUCUCACGGCUUUGGAGAGAUUAGAGAAGGAUGGUUGUGGAGUUAUCAAAAAAUUGCGUGCCAGUGUCAAUGCUAGAAGAGAAACUGUGGUCUUUGUGAAAUUAGAAGAAUUGCCUGGAGAAAUAGCUUUGGUUUCGCGAGAUGAGUACAGAAAAAAAUUUCAGUUGCCAAUCCACAAGGCUAUUUCAGAAGCAACAAAAAUACAGCUACAGGAAAAACAAUUGCUUCCGAGCAGCUAG